AUGGAAAAUGUUUUACAUUACAUAGUGGUGAUACUUAUCUUAGGACAACUUCCAAUCUUAUCAACUUCAGGGGACGCAAUCUCGAAACGUGUUAGUUUCAACAACGUGGAAGAUUUCAAAGAUGUCGUCGAAUUCAGCGAUUCAAACAAAAACGAUGUUAAGACCGAAGAUUCAACUGUGGCAUCGGAAAAAAAACCGGAAACGUUUGAAAGUCACAACGUAUGGCCUUUAUCGAGGGUUAAAACUGACGUUAACAACGUUCAGAAGUCACAAAUUUCCAUAAAAAAUAAGAAAAACUAUGAUAAACUUAGUAAUAGUGAUCGAAAUAAUGAUAUUUAUGUAGUGAGGAAACUUGGACCUUCUAAAGGAUAUUUUUUUGUUGAAAAAAGACAUAAACCGAGUAGGAAACAAAUAAAACAUAAAAGAAACUGGGCUGAUUCAAAUAAUCAGUUGGUUAAUGGCGAAAAUAGGUUAGAAAAUGAAAAGAACAAAGAAGCGGAAAUAUCAAACUGUAAAGAAUUAUUCUCAAUUUUUGACGAAAUUCCUCUAAUCCAAGAUAAGAUAAAACAACUUCUCGAGAAGAAAACAUCGAAAAGAAUGAGCGACACGUGGAAAUCGAUAAAAUUGAUAAUAAUGAACCAUCCUGAAUACUCUAAUAAUCACAUGCUGGAUAAAUUGGAGACGAAACGUUGUUUUCAGAAUUUCGUGAACAAUCAAAGAAGAAAACGACAUUCUACUUAUAUAAAUCUCAGGAACCAGAAGAAGAAAAUAAACAACAAUUUGGCCAAGAGGAAUAUCGAUGAUGAUCCGAGGUUUAAAAAUAUCAUUAAUUUCAUUGUUAAAAAUAGAAUGUUUUCAGAUAAAUACACGUAUGUGCCAAUAAUGUUUGCGAAAGUGGAAAAUUGCACUACAAAUUAUACAACUGAAAAUACAACUAACAACGUAAAUUACAUUACUACGAAUAAUGAUAUUGAGAGCUCCACUAAUUUGAAUAAUUCCACAUCUAUGAACGUGAACGUUACGAAAACCAAUGAAUUAAACUCUUCAACAACAUCUUCUCACAAGGAUAUACCAGUAGAACUGAAGGAAAAAUAUACAAUGCGCUUAAAAUUGGAAGUACCAGAAGAAGAUACCCAAUUACAAUACUACGACGAUGAUUCUAUGGAUUCCCAGGUGGAUAACUCAACUUUUAAAACUGGAAAUCCGACGUCGUCUCUUCAACUUACAAAUAAAUCAGGCAAUACUAGAUCAAAGAAGAACAUAACUAAACUAAAUAACGUCACUAAUACAGAUUCCAAUGAAAAAGUUACAAAUUGCGAUACGAAUAACACAGAAGAAGAACCUAUUACUCUAGCUUUGACUUAUGCUACCUCAAACAGUAAAGAAAACUGUGAAAAUACAACUUUGAAUAACAUCAGUACUACUUACAACGUUAGUACUACUAAUAAUGAAAAUGGUACAGAACCAAUAGUAACUCAAGCUUCAGCUACUAACAUCGUACCUUCGUAUGUUGCAACCAGUACUUUUUCUGAAAUAAUUGAUAAAGUUACUGUCCAAUUUGGUAAAGCGAAAGGAAAUAAUGAAAUUAAUAACAUAAAUAUCCAUUAUAGUACUGUAAAUGUUACAUUCUCUCUCGGUAGUUCGAAUGUAACUUGUGAAAAUACCACCAGGAACAUACCGGAAGGUGUCAGUACUGAAAAUAUUUCAAUCGAUACCAGUACUAUAAACGUCAGCGCAAUUACCAGCAGUAUUGUAUACGAAUCGGAUAGUACCAGUUCUAAUGUGAAAGGAAUUAAUAGUAAUAUUGGAGCCAAUACUUUAGAAAAACCAAUCCCUCAAACUACUGAAAAUGCGGUCACCACAAACGCGAUUAAACAUAAAAUUAUUCCUGGCAUCUUAAUAUAUCCUUUAAGUAAAUUUGACAACGUUAUUGAUAAAAAUAAACGUAAUGCGGUCGAUAUAGAAUCAGAUGUUGAAGAAGAUGAUACGGUCACAAUAGAAGAUAUAAAUAACGAAAAUAAUGUUAAAUACGUGAAUUUCAAUCCAUUUAUUAAAGAAAAAAAAUCAGUUUCGUCGAAUUGUUCCGAAGAAACCGAAAGGAUGCUGGAUGAGUUACAAAAAUUACAAUUACCCAUCGAAGAAAAUAUAACAAUAUCGAACGAAGAUAAUGUCACUUAUUCCGGACCGCAGAUUUACCAUUUCAACGAAACAGAUUCAAGAACAGAUACCACGGAAACCGUAUCGGAUUUAAUAACUAACACGACAUCUACGCCAUCAUCAAUAACAACGUUACCGAAAGAACCAGGUGACAACUGCAGUACUACUCAACCAGUACCAAUUGUUUCAGCUUCAAACCCAUCAUCUGAAGAAGCAAUUGAUUAUGCUAGUACCACUGAGAAUAUUAUAGAAACUAAAAUAACUAAUAUACAAUCGUUACCGGGUUUGAAUCCAUCAUCUGAAGAAGUGGUUGGUGUUUCAGAAGAUUCCGUUAAGAGCGCCAUUAACACUAACGAAAAAAUUAAUGUACAAUAUUCCAAAAAUGAUAAUACAACGCUUAAUGGACUGAAUUUCACCAGUACUACUUUAUUACAAAACCAAAUCAAUGUCAGUAUUCAAACUGAAACAAGUUUACCUCCAACGUCAAUCAAUUACACGACUGCACCAAGUUGUGAAUCGAUUAGAGAAGGUUACCAAAAUAUAACAAGUAGUACAGCUGGUACUACUAAUCCUACAGUCAUAUUAAGCACUGGAAAUGUACUAGCAAGUACUACGAUAGCAACAGUUCUAAACCAGUCAAUAAGUGCUGUUUUACCUCACAAAAACCGCAAAUCUGUCAAUUUGAAAAUAGAAUCAUUAGAACAAGACCUUCAAUUAGUUAACGAAAUUCAAAGUAUAUUAGAUGGAGUAUUUGAUGAACGAAACGGGAAAAAGUUCGAAAUUCGAGAACAAUCGGAUAAGAAGAAAAAGAAGAAUUGGAGAAAAUACGAGAAAGAAGAAAAAGAAGAAGCGGAAGCGUUUGUUAAGAAACGAUACGGAGAGGCGUUUUUUAGGCCAAAGCAUGCAAAAUUAUAUGUAGAAUUUCACCCGGAAAAUAUAUAUUACGACGUAUCGGAAAAUUCGAAUUAUUUGUUAGAAAAAAGGGAAGACACUACGAAAUUUGAUUUUUCUUGGCCAGCUUGGCACCAUACGAAAAGAAGAAAUAAAAAUUGGCGGAAAAUGUUUACGAAAAGUUUAAAACGAACUACUGAAACAGAUUCUACUAAACAUAUCCAAACUCAAACUGAUGAAACUAACGAAGAAACUACUGAGACAAGCUCUACCGAAAAUACUGGAAUGAGUAUUCAAUCAGCUCCUACAGAAUACACAGCUCAAACUUACGUAGAUCAUCCUGUAUAUACUUCAGAAUCUACUUUUUCAACAUCGAUCGAAGAAAAUGAAAUGAUAUCAACAAGUUCUUCUGCGUAUUUUGUUCCUUUAUCAACUGUCAACGAGGAACGAUAUAAAAACGAAGAAGUUAUUAUAACAGGAGUCAUUAAUAUUGACGAAAUUACUAUUAAUACCGAAGCUACGAUUAACGAAGACAAUUCUCCAACAAGAAAAGACGAAUUAACUUUUGUUACUAAAAUGUUAACUAAUGAAACACCAAUUAGACACCAACAAACAACUGUAGAAGAAGAAUACAGUAUUGAUGAUGCAAUAACUAUUAAUAAUGAUUUAGUUAAUACUGAUGAAACUAUUCAAAAUGAUACGGAUUUAAUUGAGGAUGCCAUGACGAUUGACCGGGCGAUACUUGGUACAGUAACAAUCAGCGAUUUAUUAGAAGAUGUCGAAGAUAAUAAUAGAAGAGAAAAAUUGUUUUCCAAAGCUGACGAAUUAUUGAAAGAAGUUUCGAAAGAUGCCAGUAUACGAACUACCGAAACAACCAUAGGAUUUCCAAAAAAAGCAACCAAACAUGUCACAGAAGAAUCUACGAAAAUUGUCGAAGAUGUUAAUUACGAAGACGUAGUUCCAGAAAUAAGUUAUAGCGAUAAAAAAACUACAUCGAAACAAUCACAAAUCACAGAAUACGAACACGAAAAAAGAACUAAAACAAAAAAACACGAUAGAUAUAAAGGACAAGAAAACACCACCACGUUAAAACGAAUAGAAAUGGAAGAAGGUGCAAAAAAUGUAGAAGGAAAUCAAGGAAUCGGUUCGACAAUUGGCGAAAUGGACGAAACAACAAAAAAUCAAUGGAAAAAUUAUACUAUAAUAGGAAAGGUGACGAAUUCGGAAGGAAACUUUCCAGAAACUAUGCAAAAAGAAACGAAAACUUCUAUUACUGAAUCUCGGGAGGAAUUAAUAACUCGAGAACCUGUUAGGACUGAAGAAACCACAAAAAAAACAAAAAAAAGUAAUAGCGAUACAGAGGAAUUCACAACAGAAUCCCUAGUACUUGAAGAAGACGAAGAAUUACUUCCUAGUUUCACCGAGGAACAUAAAAAAAUAUCUGUCAGCACUGCUGUAGUUUCAGAAGAAGUAAUGUCAACGGAAAAGUUAAUUUCUACUACAGCUGUUGCUAGUACCAAUACUGCAACACAAAAAGGCAUUAGCAAAGUCGAAAGAUUCUCAAAACAGUCAGCGGAACCUGAAGAAGAUGAAGAAUUGAUGCCUAGCUUCACGAAAGAACACAAAGAAAUAAUUAUCAGUACUGCUGCAGCUCCAGAAACGAAGACGUCAAAGGAAGAAAAAAUUUCUACGAUAUCUCUUACCAGUACUAAUAAAAUCAGCACAGGAGGAGCUCCAGAAAAAGGAAUGUUGACCAAAGGAUCAAUUUCUACUACAGCUGUUGCUGGUACUAAUAUUAAAACACAAAAAGGCAUAAUCAAAAUAGAAAAAUUCACAACAGAAACAUCAGAACCUGAAGAAGAUGAAAGACUACUUCCUAGAUUUACCAAGAAACAUAAAAAAGUAGGUACCAGCGUAGGAGGAGCUCCAGAAAAAGAAAUGUUGACAAAAGGAUCAAUUUCUACUACAUCUGUUGCUGGUACUAAUGUUAAUACACAAAAAGGCAUCAUCAAAAUAGAAAAAUUCACAACAGAAACAUCAGAACCUGAAGAAGAUGAAAGACUACUUCCUAGAUUUACCAAAAAACAUAAAAAAGUAGGUACCAGCGUAGGAGGAGCUCCAGAAAAAGAAAUGUUGACAAAAGGAUCAAUUUCUACUACAUCUGUUGCUGGUACUAAUGUUAAUACACAAAAAGGCAUCAUCAAAAUAGAAAAAUUCACAACAGAAACAUCAGAACCUGAAGAAGAUGAAAGAUUACUUCCUGGAUUUACCAAGAAACAUAAAAAAGUAGGGACCAGCGUAGGAGGAGCUCCAGAAGAAGAAAUGUUGACGAAAGGGUCAAUUUCUACUACAGCUGUUGCUGGUACUAAUGAUAAUACACAAAAAGGCAUCAUCAAAAUAGAAAAAUUCACAACAGAAACAUCAGAACCUGAAGAAGAUGAAAGAUUACUUCCUGGAUUUACCAAGAAGCAUAAAAAAGUAGGGACCAGCGUAGGAGGAGCUCCAGAAGAAGAAAUGUUGACGAAAGGGUCAAUUUCUACUACAGCUGUUGCUGGUACUAAUAUUAAAACACAAAAAGGCAUAAUCAAAAUAGAAAAAUUCACAACAGAAACAUCAGAACCUGAAGAAGAUGAAAGACUACUUCCUGGAUUUACCAAGAAACAUAAAAAAGUAGUUACCAGCGUAGGAGGAGCACCAGAAGAAGAAAUGUUGACAAAAGAAUCAAUUUCUACUACAUCUGUUGCUGGUACUAAUGUUAAUACACAAAAAGGCAUCAUCAAAAUAGAAAAAUUCACAACAGAAACAUCAGAAUCUGAAGAAGAUGAAAGACUACUUCCUGGAUUUACCAAGAAACAUAAAAAAGUAGGGACCAGCGUAGGAGGAGCUCCAGAAGAAGAAAUGUUGACGAAAGGGUCAAUUUCUACUACAGCUGUUGCUGGUACUAAUAUUAAAACACAAAAAGGCAUAAUCAAAAUAGAAAAAUUCACAACAGAAACAUCAGAACCUGAAGAAGAUGAAAGACUACUUCCUGGAUUUACCAAGAAACAUAAAAAAGUAGGGACCAGCGUAGGCGCAGCUCCAGAAAAAGGAAUCAUGACGAAAGGAUCAAUUUCUACUACAGCUGUUGCUAAUACUAAUAUUAUAUCACAAGAAACACCUGGAGAAAAUAAAAAACUUAACACACUUAACUACAGCAAAUUUUUGGAGAGUGUUAACUUGUCCACAAAAAUAACAAAAGAAGCUGAAGAAUUAAUGUCAGUAACAUCACCAAUGGAAGAAAUGUCUUCAACAGAAGCAGAAGUUACUUUGGGAGGAAUCAAUGAAGAAGUCGCAACGUUAUCAGUAUUGGAAACUGUUUCCAUUGCAUGGCCUAAACAAAUUUCAAGUACUUUAGAGCAUGACGAAGACUGGGAAGAAGAAAGUACAAUAUCUAUUGGAGAUCUACCGACAUCGAAAAGUGAGAUGCAAACGGAUACAACUCAACAAGUGAUAACAACAGAAGAAGACAUGUUUGACGGAAGCAAAAGUUUGGGAACCACUUAUCAUAGUAAAGUAGUUUCGGCAGAAAUUGACAACGAGGUUACAACGAAUGAAGAAGAAUUGGAAAAAACUAUCGAAAUAAUAGAAGGAACUGUAGCUGUAAGUUUCGAACCGAAAGAAACUACCUCGAACGAGAUAAGAACAGGAGGUACAGUGUUAACUGAGGUGGAACAUGGAGAAGAAGAAAAUGGAAGAACGGGAAUGAUGACUAAUGAAAUAACUGAGACAAUUUCUGAGACAACAGAAAUGGGAGAAGAAACAGAAAUAGCAACACCUACUACUCGGAAACAUGAUAUUGAAUCACCAGAGACCUCUGAGGUAUCUGAGACGUUCCCUGAGAUGACAGAAAUGGGAGAAGAAACGGAGAUAGUAGCAGCUCCUACUAGAGAACAUAAGAUCGGAACUCCAGAAGCUACAGAGGUGUCUGAGACGUUCUCUGAGACGACAGAAAUAGUAGAAGAAACAGAAAUAGCAACAGCUGCUACUCGGAAACAUGAGAUUGAAUCACCAGAGACCUCUGAGGUAUCUGGGACGUUCCCUGAGACGACAGAAAUGGAAGCAGAAACGGGAAUAGUAGAAGCCCCAACUACAGAACAUAAGAUCGAAAGUCCAGAAGCAAUAGAAGUGUCUGAAACAAUCUCUGAGACGACAGAAAUGGAAGAAGAAACGGAGAUAAUAGCAGCCUCUACUAGAGAACACAAGAUCGAAACUCCAGAAGACACAAAAGUGUCUGAGACAAACUCUGAGACGACAGAAUCGGAAGAAGAAACGAAGAUAAUAGCAGCCUCUACUAGAGAACACAAGAUCGAAACUCCAGAAGACACAGAAGUGUCUGAGACAAACUCUGAGACGACAGAAUCGGAAGAAGAAACGAAAAUAAUAGCAGCCUCUACUAGAGAACACAAGAUCGAAACUCCAGAAGACACAGAAGUGUCUGAGACAAUCUCUGAGACGACAGAAAUGGAAGGAGAAACGAAGAUAAUAGCAGCUGCUACUAGAGCACAUAAGAUCGAAACUCCAGAAGCCACAGAGGUGUCUGAGACGUUCUCUGAGACGACAGAAUUCGAAGCAGAAACGAGGAUAGUAGCAGCUGCUACUCGAAAACAAAAGAUCGAAACUCCAGAAGCCACGGAGUUGUCUGAGACGGUCUCUGCGACGACAGAAUCCGAAGAAGAAACGGAGAUAGUGGCAGCCUCUACUAGAGAACAUAAGAUCGAAACUCCGGAAACGACAGAAUCCGAAGAAGAAACGGAGAUAGUGGCAGCCUCUACUAGAGAACAUAAAAUCGGAUCUCCAGAAACCACAGAGGUGUCUGAGUCGUUAUCAGAGACGACAGAAUCCGAAGAAGAAACGGAGAUAGUAGCAGUUCCUACUAGAGAACAUAAGAUCGAAACUUCAGAAGCCACAGAGGUGUCUGAAAUGUUCUCUGAGACGAUUGAAUCCGAAGUAGAAACGGAGAUAACGACUGAAUCCGAACCAGAAACGGUGAUAGUGGCAGCAUCUACUCGAAAACAAAAGAUCGAAACUCCGGAAGCCACAGAGUUGUCUGAGACGACAGAAUCCGAAGCAGAAACGGAGUUAGUGGCAGCCUCUACUAGAGAACAUAAGAUCGAAAGUCCAGAAGCCACAGAGGUGUCUGAGACGUUCUCUGAGACGACAGAAUUCGAAGCAGAAACGGAGAUAGUAGCAGCUGCUACUCGAAAACAUAAGAUCGAAACUCCGGAGGCCACAGAGGUGUCUGAAACGUUCUCUGAGAUGACAGAAUCCGAAGAAGAAACGGAGAUAACGACAGAAUCCGAAGAAGAAACGGAGAUAGUGGCAGCCUCUACUAGAGAACAUGAAAUCGGAUCUCCAGAAACCACAGAGGUGCCUGAGUCGUUAUCAGAGACGACAGAAUCCGAAGAAGAAACGGAGAUAGUAGCAGUUCCUACUAGAGAACAUAAGAUCGAAACUUCAGAAGCCACAGAGGUGUCUGAAAUGUUCUCUGAGACGAUUGAAUCCGAAGUAGAAACGGAGAUAUGGCAGCAUCUACUCGAAAACAAAAGAUCGAAACUCCGGAAGCCACAGAGUUGUCUGAGACGACAGAAUCCGAAGCAGAAACGGAGUUAG